AUGUCGUUCUCCAAGACGCUCCUCGUUUCCCUCCUGCUCGCCGCGUCCAGCACCGUCCUGGCGAGCCCCGCCAUGCUGGAAUCUCGUGGCAUCCAGGUUGGCUACGGCCAGCAGAUCCAGACCUCGGACCAGGCGAACCACUGGGUCGUCUGGAUCGAGGGCCAGUCGGCGUGCCCAGCGACGCAGACCCUCAGCGGGCUGAAUACCAGUCCCUGCAACCAGGUCUUCACCCUCGCCGGCGGGACCUACCAACUCACCAACUGUAACGGAAACAAUGAGCCCCAGGCGGUUGCGGAUCAGGAUGGGAAUUAUAUUCAUACCUGUACUCUUAACCAUGACAAGAUUAACUGCCACCAUGGCGAGCAUGAUAUUGUCAAGCAUGGGAAAUGCACUUGAGUAGCUCGGGACUGAUGACGAGGGGUCAGGGGGAUCAGGCAUGUGGAGUAUUUACAUCUUGGUGAAGUUCAGAAAUUGUCGAGGGUCGCGAUAGGAUACACGCAGGACGUGAUAUCAUAUUCAAGCUUAUUUCUCAUGUCUGAUACCGAAUGGAGACUUAUAC